CUGCCGUCUACAAAAUAUUGCGAUUUUGACAAUUGACGGAUUUGUCGAUUCAGAAGUUGUUGCAUUGUUACUUCUUUUUUUCAAAAAAGAAGAAUUGAUUUAUCCUCAUACUUAUUGGUUUGUGUUGUAAGCUUGCUUUUUGUGUCAUCGCUGCAAUUCGAAUUUUACAGGACGCCUAUUAGCAAGGAAUACUUUCUUUUAGUAAUCUCUGUAGUUAAGUUUCUAUAGAAGCUUUGUACUUGGCUUUCUUGCAAUAAUGGCUAGUCUCUCCAACCGUUGUAUCAUUUUAUCAGAUGGUGUCGAGUAUGAUGUAACUGAACAAAUUCACGCCAACCCUGAAGUUAGCGAAGUUGCCCUCCGGUAUCACAAGAAAGAUGUUGAUGGUCUUUUAAAUAGCGCUAGCAGCACUGCCAAACAGAAAGAUGCCGAUACGAUUCGUAAAGUCUUGCAGAACACCUCGGCUCCUGUUAAAAAUAAAGAAUUUAGUGAUCUAGUGGAUCAAAAUAUUGGUGAUGGCUAUGGUAAUGAUUUUGUUGUUAAGCCGACCAAUAUCGACAAAGAUUAUGAAAAAAAUCAUUUCUUAGAUUUGAAGAAGCCAUUAUUGCCGCAGAUUCUAUUUAGCAAUAUCUCCAAAGAGGUUUAUCUCGAUCAAGUCCAUCGUCCUCGACAUUAUAAAGGAAGUGGCUCUGCUCCUUUGUUUGGUAACUUCUUGGAGCCCUUUAGUAAGACCCCUUGGUACAUGAUUCCUAUGAUUUGGAUUCCCUGCAUCACAUACUUUUUCUUGCAGGCUUGUACCGGUAUUCCUGUUCCUGUCGCCGUCAGCUUCUUUUUUAUUGGUCUAGGUGUCUGGACGAUUGUGGAAUACUUUAUGCACCGAUGUCUAUUUCAUUUGGAUGAGUAUACCCCGGAUCAUCCCGUGUUCCUUACUCUUCACUUUUUGUUCCACGGUGUUCACCAUUUCUUGCCUGCUGACAGGUAUCGCCUUGUAAUGCCUCCAGCCCUGUUCGUUUUCUUUGCUACUCCCUGGUACCGUUUGGUUCGUUUAAUUUUCCCCUAUCAUAUGGCGAUUGCUGGUUUCUCUGGCGGUGUCUUUGGUUAUGUCUGCUAUGACUUGACUCAUUACUUUUUGCACCACAGACGGUUGCCCAAUGGAUAUUUCACUCAGUUAAAAACUUGGCACUUGGAUCACCAUUAUAAGGAUUAUAAAUCUGCAUUUGGUGUCACCAGUCCGUUUUGGGACCGUGUUUUUGGAACUGUUGGACCUAUGUUGAGUAAGAACAACACAUCGGAAACUGUGAAGACCAAGUAAGCGGAACCUUCGCUAUUGAGGAAAGUGCUGCUAUCGUUAAAACCUUCGUCUCACAGUUGAUUCUUGUGCAGUACGUUAUAUUAAGUCUUACUGAUAUCUGCUUUGCUUCCUUGCUUUGCAUCAGAUCCGUUCAGUCGUUACUUUCCUCGUGGUAAUGCUUUUCGAAUUAGCUGAGUCUUUCUUUUUGUACAUUUUAUUAUCCCAAAGUGGCCUAAUUAAUUAUUCCUAUCUGUUGUGUUCAAGGGUUUUCGUGGGUGUGGAAUUCCUUUUUACUAAUUCUUUCUGAGCAACGUUCCCGAAGACCUUUUGUAUUCUGUUUUUUGUUUAUUAUGUAUUGAUUGUAUCUUCCUAUGAAGAGCAUUUGGUUUUUCACAGAGUAUAUAAAAAGAAUAAUAUUUGUUGAUAAGAAAUUUGUUAGGAGACAAACUGUCUCGUAUUAAGUAAUGUAG